UAGCAUGAUCUACUGACUUUUAGAAUUCUUCAAUAAUCAUUGUUCCAAUUUCAGCAAAAUUUAAUGACCACAGCAAAUGAGUACAUAGUUAAUAAGAAUGUCUUUUCGUUAUGGAAGGAGACUAAUUGGCCGAGCCAUAUUGUCUUCAUACCUACAUAGAGGAUGUGAAUUGUCCCAUAACCUGAAUCUCGGGAAUUACCUGCAAAGUACGUACUAUGCAGGAUCAUUUCCUUUUCAAAAUAACUCUGGUGAUAGUAAACCUCAACAGGAAGUACCAGAAAAGAAAUGGAGCCUGGAGUAUGCAGGGGGUGUCUUAGAGAAAAUUCGGUCAAAGGAUAAAACAUUUUACUCGGUCUCAAUAAAAGACGUUAUCCAGAGAAUCCAAAGAUUGGAGGCGGCACAGCUUUCAGGUGAACAGAUUGAAUGGCUGAUGGAAGAAUCUCCUUAUUUCCUUCAAGGCAAAAACACAGAGCCCAUUGUUAACAUGCUACAAGAUCAUGGACUUGGAGGACGAAGUAUUUGUGUUAUACUUUUGUCCUACGGAAGAGUCACAGAUGAAGAUCCAUCCGUCUUGUCUGAUUUAUUGAUGUUCCUAAGGAAGAUUUAUAAAACUGAUAGAAAGUUCAACAAAGCCAUAACUGCAUGCCCAGGAAUUUUGUCAGUGACACCAGCUAAAAUCACAGCAAAGAUAAAUGAACUGCAAGAGCUUUUUAAGUCCAAUGAUGUUCUUGAACUGACUGUCCAGUCACCAGACAUUCUUUUUGAAGACUUAGAUACAAUUCAAGAAAAGUUUGAUUAUGUAUAUCACACUAUGGGGAUAUCCCAAAGACAGAUGAUGUAUUCAGAUAUGUUCAAUUAUCCACUCCUACACAUUCAAACUAGACAUGCUUUUCUUGACAGGGCAGGGUUUUAUAAGAAAAUAAAAAAGCAUAAGGGGGAAAUCAAUACUAACCCCCUCCUUCAGGAUAUUUUAGGACUGAGUGAUAAGUCUUUUGCCAGGAAGUAUGGAAAUAUGUCUGAGUUGGAUUACAAAACAUUUUCACAGUAUUUUGCUUUAGAACUGGAAAAUAUGGCUAAAUAAAUGAAAUUUUAUAUAUCA